UAGAAAUAUUUAUGCAAUAAAAUUUUUAUAAUAACUUUUAUUAUAACAGCAUAGGUAUAAUAGAUUUAAGAUUACAUAAAGUAACAAAAGUAAGCAAUAAAGAAAUUGAUAUAUUAAAUAUUUACAAAAACAAAAAUUUAUUAUCAGAUGAAUGCGACUGCAUGAUUUUAAAAAUUUUAGCUCAUCCUGGGGUAACAGAUAUUCAGAAAUGGACUUUUAAUUUUUUUCAAACUGACUUAUUUAUUGAAGAAGAAAUGAUGGUAACUAAUUGCUUGGCAGCAGCAGACUGUGAUUGGUUAAAUAAAGUUUUCUCAAUAAAGAAAGACAAAAAUAUCUUAAGUCUUUGUAAUAUUUGCGAAAAAAUACGUGUUUGUGUGCUUAUACAAACACCAGUUUUCAACUCAACUGAAAAAAUAGAUAAUGUUCAUGACUGCUUGCACAUCAAAUAUACAGAUUAUGAAAAUAAUUCAAAUGAGAUAUGCCAAAUAUUUAAGUUGACAAAGGAAAAUAUAAAAAAUCCUAUGUUCGUAAUAGAGUAUGAGUAUAUAUUGCGUGAAUUAACGAAAAAAGGAGAAUAUAAAAAUAGCAUAAUUACGUGCACUGUAAAUGAUAUAAUAUUUAAAUGUUUAUCCAGUUCUUAUAUUGAACAAUGUAUUAGUUAUGAUAAAAAAGUGGAAAUAUACAAUCUUGUAAAAAUAUGUGUUUCUAAACAAAAUAUAAAUUCAAUUGAUAUUGAUUUAGAUUUGCCUAAUUUGAGAGAAUUUGACAUUUCUUAUAAUCAAUUGGAUGAGUUUCCAAAUUCAAGGUUUAUGAAAAAUAUACAAAUACUAAAUAUAAGUUUUAAUAAUAUAAGAGUAUUACAUGUUGAAGAAACUUUACCUAUGUUAAAAGAAUUAGACAUAUCAUGGAACUUAUUAAUGCACUGCUUUCAAUGCAUUAGUAUUUUUAAAACUUAUAUGUCUAAUAUGUACAAACUAAAGAUAUAUGACAAUCAUUUUAAUGAUGUUACUGAUCCUCAAUUAAUAGAAUACUUAUUACACAUAUAUUUACCAAAAUUACAGAAUAUUAAUAAUUGUAAAUGUGAAAAUCUUAUUUUACCUCAAAGUUAUUAUCCAUGUGCAUUUAAUAUGUGCAAAAUAAAUAAUAAAAGGUAUAACAAAUUGAUUUAUUUGAAACACAAUACACCAAGUAUGGAAGAGUUAAAAUUACUAGAGAAGAAAAAUGUAGAAAAAACAAGAUACAUCCAUAUAUCGCACAAUGUUAUUGCAGCGUUAAACAUUUUGAAGAGAGUAAAGAAUGUGCAAGAACUUUGUGUUACGUGUUGUUUAUUAUCUGUAUUUCCUUUUACAAAACCUUUGAAGUAUCUGAUUAAAUUGAAUCUUGGAAGUAAUUUUAUUUCAAACUUAAAUGAUUUUACUCAGGAAAAUUUUCCAACAUUGAAAUAUCUAGAUUUAACCGACAAUCUUAUAACAAAUUUGAAAUUAAUGGGAUCAUUUCAUACAUUACAAGAAUUUUACUGUGGAAAUAAUGAAAUAAGAAAUAUAUCACAGAUAGAUAAUGUUAAAACUUGGCAAACAUUGCAUAUUAUUGAUUUUUGCAAUAAUCCAAUAAAUACAAAUACGUUAUAUAAAAAAUUUAUUAUAUUUCACUUGAGCAACAUUGAAGUAAGUAAAAUGUUUAGUUUUUUUGAAUAUAUAAAUAUUUAGAUAUCAUAGGAAUACUUAUGCUUACUAUAAUUUUCUUAGUAGUAUAUUUCUGGAGAAUAUGUAAGGAAAUCUGAUAUUUCUGAAGCAAGGUAUAUAUUUGGGAAUAAGUUUGACAAGUAUGUAUUAAAUAAAAUAUAUGAGACAGAUUACCUUACAAAUAUUAUACAAUUGAG